AUGAAACAAAUUUUUUAUUUUUUUCUGCUAAAAAUUGUGACAUUAGGAAAUGUGGGAUGUCAUUUUCUUGUGGUCCUAAUUGAGAAAAGAAAAGAUUCAGUGGUGUGUGGUUUUUGUGAAAUUGCUUGCAAUUUUUUAUUGAAGGAGCAAGAAUUAGCAGUAGUGUAUGAUGUAUAAUAUUACACUGUGCUUGUCAUUUUUCCUUUUUAGAGAAAUGAUAUUGUAGGGCUUAAAAGACUCCAUUUUUAUUUAUCAAUACAUUUAUUUCUUGAUAGGUCUUAAAUAAUUGCCCUUGAUUGAACUAAGAUGUGAUCAUUGAUCAAGAUUUUGUUUUUAAAUACUCUGCCUCUAGACACUAUUAUGCUGGUUUACUUUUGGGGUGAAAACAUGAUGAUGGUGUGAUUGUCUUGAAUUCAUUUCCGGUAAAUAAAUCCUAGAUUUGAACGAAUCAGAUCCAACCCUUCUCUAAACUGCAACAAAUCCAUUGUUACUGUCUGGUCUUGGACCAUAAAAACAACCAAUCAUUGAUCCAAACUUAGUAGGAUCAUAAUCAUUUCUCUCUUUGUCAUCAAACCCUAAUCCUAUUUUUUAACUCAUUAAUGUGCACAUUUGAUUAGAGAAUCCAUUUCUUGUUGUCAAGAAAUAUGGGGGGAUGAUGGGGGUGUCCCACAUGAAGACCUCUUCUUCCUUGCACACUUUUUGCACCUAUAAAUCCACCCCACCCCCACCCCCUUUAUUUUUAUCAUUCAAAUUCCAUCCUCUGAUUUUUUCUCAAAUCAAAAUCAAAAUCUCAAAUCUCUUAUCACACCACCAUUCCCCCCCUGACAUGUCCUCGUGAUUUUCAAGAAUCAGAUGUCCUCUUCACCUCUCAAAAAUCAAAACAUUGUAACAACAAAAAAUAAAAAGGCAACACUGUCUCUUUGUUCUUCAUCCCCUGAUUUUUGCCCCCUUUUUUUUUUUUCCUUCACAUCAUCAUCAAAUAUAACAUCAAGAAAUAAAAAACAUCAUCAUGUCCUUUGCUUCAAGUGUUUGUCAAGGGCUGCAAUCUUGUUUGGAGCCGCUUGUAUUAGAGCCUCGGGUCAUAAUGCACCAGUUGGCUCCAUCCAAACAGCCCUUAUCCUCCUCCUCAUCAUCCUCGUCCCAAUCCCAAAUGCUUCAAAAACAAGAUGAACUCCUCCUCCUCCAUUCUGAUAAAAAUGGGGAAGAAGAGAUAUAUGUCCACCCCCUUGUGCGGCGAUCAAGCUCUUUGCUCAGCACAAGAAGCCUGGAGAUGUGCACCGAGAGCCUGGGGAGUGAAACUGGGAGCAGUGUAAUUGAUUCGGAGGCCAUGAAUGAACUUUGCUGUAAUGACAAGCAGAAGCCGAAAGGUGGUGGAGGAGGAGAAUCAUGUAAGAAAGUGAAGAAAGAGAGUAAGUUUCCACCUCCUUUGAGUUCCAUCAGUGCAAGUGAAGGGGGGGUUCAAGUUCAGACACAUCGGGAAGGGGGACGACUGGUGAUCAAGGCCUACUCUUUUCCCAUGAGCUCUACGUCCUGUUUUCAGGCGGAGCGCAAGAAUGGAAGGCUGAGGCUUUCCUUGGUUAAAGAUGAUGAUAGUGACGAGUUGUUGGAUUGUUGUGAGAAUAAUGAUGGAGGAGAGGGAAGUGUGGAUGAUGCAGAAGAAGUAGAGGUUGUUGUUGAUGAUGAUGAUGAUGAUGAUGGGUUUUGGGAAGGGAAGAAGAAGAAGAAGAUAGGUGGGUGUAAGGUGGGUAGGGGCGGGGGUAAGGAGUGGGGAAGAAGAAGCAGAAGCAGGUGGUGCAAUGGGGAUGAUAGUAGUGGUAGUAGUAGUGGUAAGAGGGUACCAAGUUUGCCAUUUUGUGUGGCUAUUUCUUGAUCAAAGAAGGCCUUCUUCUUCUUGUUAACAAUUAAUUAAUUAGGAAUGUGUAUUUGGAGUAGUUAUUACUACUAGUCUGGUUCUUAGGGGUUGUUUGUUUUGCAUGGAAUGGAAUGGAAUGUAGAAAUUGGUAGUUAUUAUGGUUACAAGGGUAAGAGACAGCAGCAGCUGCUGCAGCACCACUACAAUUAAUAUAAUGUAAUAUUCCAUUUCAUAUUGAUUGAUUAAAUUAAUGGUUUAAUUCUUCAUUGAUUAUUAUA